GUGUGUAGUUGUUACAUUUCUGAAUACUCAGACUGCAAACAUGAGUGGAAGAGGCAAGGGAGGUAAAGGACUCGGAAAGGGGGGCGCAAAGCGUCAUCGUAAGGUUCUUCGUGAUAACAUCCAGGGUAUUACAAAGCCCGCCAUCAGGCGCCUUGCUCGUCGUGGUGGUGUGAAGCGUAUCUCUGGCCUCAUCUACGAGGAGACUCGUGGUGUGCUGAAGGUGUUCCUGGAGAAUGUCAUCCGUGAUGCCGUCACCUACACCGAGCAUGCUAAGAGAAAGACCGUGACUGCCAUGGAUGUCGUCUAUGCUCUGAAACGCCAGGGUCGUACUCUGUACGGUUUUGGAGGUUAAAAAUCAAUCAUCCCCUUCUGAAACUAAAAUCAACGGCUCUUUUAAGAGCCACCCAA